AUUUCUAUAUAACUCUAUUGAAAAGCAUUUAAAAUUUUCUUUUUUUCACAAUGGGGCCCCGUCAUUUAGGUAAAAAUUACGGUAAAGACACUUAUAAAGGACAAAAAAAGCCCUCGAAAUUCCCUUUGCCUCUUGCAAUGUGGGAUUUCGGUCAUUGCAAUCCAAACGCUUGCUCCGGAAAGAGGUUAGAACGACUUGGUUGCAUACGGAAUUUGCGAAUUGGUCAAAAGUUUAAAGGGGUUGUGCUUACGCCAAACGGCAAAUUGACAGUUUCACCUGCUGAUAGAGAAUUUUUUGAUAACGGUGGUGCAAGUGUCGUUGAGUGUUCUUGGGCUAAGAUUGAUGAAAUCCCUUUUUCAAGAAUUGGAGGCCGUUGCGAACGAUUACUGCCCUACUUGGUUGCUACCAAUCCUAUCAACUAUGGACGUCCUUGGAGGUUAAAUUGUGCAGAGGCACUGGCAGCUUGUAUGUACAUUGUUGGGUAUAAGGAUGAGGCGCGAUUAUUGAUGGAGAAUUUUAAAUGGGGUCAUGCUUUUUUUGAUGUAAAUGAAGAACUUUUAGAUAUUUACGCUCAGUGUAAAGACGCUGAUGAAAUUCAAGAAAAAGAAAAACAAUAUUUGGAAGAUAUGGAAGCAUCAUAUCACGAGCAAAGAAAUAUAGAUCCAGACGAUCUUUGGACUCAGGGAAAUCUGAAUCAUAAACCGGUCGCCGUAGGCAAAGAUACUUCCGACAGUUCAUCGAAUUCAGAAAGUUCUGAUGAGGCAAAUAUUGAAGAGGAACCUAUCCCAAACAUAGAAGAUUCUAAGCACGUUGCAAACGAAGAAGAUGAUGACGAGCUUUGGAGAAACAUUGUUCGAAUGAAGCUGAAAACCUAAGAAGGCUGUUGUCUUGUCGACAAAAAUAAAUAAAUAAAAAAAGCUGUAAUUGUCCAUAUCUAAGUUCCUAAAUUUUGAAGAGUUACCUGAUAAUCUCAGUUACAAGGGAAAAACGAUGUGAUUUUAUGUAAAAGGAUUAUUUUAAAAACAUUUUUAUUCAAUGUUUUAAAACAUCAUAAUUAGUAACCUUUUUUACUAUGAAAACGGCUGUAAAUAAAUUAACAUAUUCAAGGUAAAUAACUUUUAAGUCCUGAUAUCAACAUAUCCUUCUUAGUGGAAGCUACUGACUUUUUUAUUUCGUUCAACCAAUCUGCGCUCAUUUCUUCUAAGUCGUCCAUCGUACUCUCAAUAUUUCCUAGCAUUUUCCCUCUUUCACUUAAUUGCUCGCUCAUCUGGCUGAAAUAACUUUUCUGCUGAGGUAAUCGCCUAUUAUCAAAUUCUCUCGCAUGAACGUUAGGAGAUGUACCCUGUACAGUUGAACUCUGUUGUGAAACAUGCUGCGGUACUCUGGGAGCCUGAGACUCUGUAAUGGGCUUACCAACUGUCCUAUAUUCACCCCCAAGCAGUAAAUUUAAUUCAUCCGCAGACGUUGUUUGUUCACCCAUUAGCCAUUUCCAAGUAGAUUUUGUAGGUCGUGGUGGUAGCGUCAAAGGAUCUUUGGUUAUUAGGCUACAAGAUAUAGAGGCAAACAUUUUCCUUCCCAUUCCUAACACACAUCCGAAUGCUAAUUCUGUACCGCCAACCGUUGGGAACACAUAAUCGCCGUCUUCUAAUAUAUUACCAAACCUCAACCUAUAAUUUGUUAGCAUAGCACACAUUAUUUUUUCGUACUUUCUCUCAUCUAUAUCAUCCGGUAAUUUCGCACGCCGUUCUUCAGAUAAGUUAGGCAAGGAGUACCAGUAAAUAUUCAAAUUUGACAUUAUACAUGCUACCGAUCCCAUUUGUUUGGAAGCAGUUGAAAAAAUAACGCUUGCCUUGUAACAAGUGUGUUUACUCCAAUCUGUCAUGCUUGAGCAUUUACUAAAUCUAGAAUAGAGCCGCAUUCCUGUUUCGCCAACGU